CUCUGCCCUGGGCAGAGCAGAUUUCUCCGUUCUUUCCCACGGCCUUGACAAAAAGACCAUCCUGUUCAAUGAUGCAAAGGACUGCCUGGGUAUAUCUGGUGUGAGCCUGACCAGUUAUCAGGUGGAGGUUCUGGGGAAUAUGGCCUGCACACUGAACCCCUCCUACAUCCAGAACUCUCACCCUCUCAUUUUGGAGAAACUGAAGAACUGUGGAGAUCUUUCUGAUUCUCAGAUCACUGCUGUACAGUCUUUGCUCCUCAGUGGGAACACCGCUUAUGGUAAUCCCUCAACGUGGAAUGAGCAGACCGUGGAGCAACUCAGCAUCCUGGCUGUCUAUUUCAAAUCAGACCUCUGCAACACACUUAGCUUUAAUGUAAGGCGGAAGUUCUUUUCAGUCCUGAGGAAGCAGAAGAUCCCGAUGAAGAAGCUAAGGACAUUCUUUACAGAAUGCAACUCAGAAAGUGCUACAGUGAGCAACAUCACAGCGGUGACAAUUGCAGAUGCGUCGUUUCCUUUCGGCUUUAACUCCACCCAGUUUGAUCUGUAUCUGGACAUCGCUGUCCUGCAGAACAACCUGGCAGCCAUCACUGAGAAAGUGGUGGACACCAGCUUCCAGACCAUCAUUCUGAACAAGUUAAACCAGAUAUACCCAUCAGGCCUUAAUGAUGGUGUGCUGCAGCUACUGGGUUCCACUUCUCGUGUGGCCACUAUUGAUGAUAUUAGCAAGUGGAACAUUACCAUAAUUGACACACUGUCCUCUUUGAUGGACUCAAAUGGUGGACUCUGGGAACCAGAAAAGAGUAAAGCGGUUAUUAUGAGGUAUCUGAGCAUGGGGAAUCGCUCUCUGGGAAGUGCUGAAAUAAAUGCAGUUGGUUCCAACAUCUGUACUUUAAACAUCAGUGUACUGGAAAAUAUCAAUGCUGAGAGCCUAAAGGAGGUCCUGUUUCCAGAUCUUUCCUCAUGUACCAUCGAACAGAAAUCCGCUCUGUACGUCACAGCCAACACUUCAUUCAGCAAUCAACGCAGCAAAGCAUACUACCAAAUUAUGAGACCUUACCUGGGUAAAACAAUCAUCCACAUACACAGAAAUACUAAACACACACAGGUGUAGUGUUUUAGAACAGCAGUAGUUGGAUUGAAUGAAAAGUAGCUGCACAAACGCAUGCACAUAUG